CGCUCGCGCCGCAGUCGGGCCGCAGCCUUGGUAGCGGAGGGGUCCGGGUAAGCGGGAGGAAGAGUGAGGGGAGAGCGAGGAGAAGGAAGAGGGCGCAGGCGGUGACGGCGCUGCCGUCCAGCCGACCGUGGGGUGAGGAACCCGCGCGGAGGAGCGGCGGUGGGCACUGAGGUUUGAAGUAUUGAAGCAUGCUUUCCACUGGGACUUACACUACCAUUUGUGAUACAGAAUGUCUCUAAGUGAGAAGAACAGUGUGGUUUUUGCGUAUGAAUCCUCAGUACACAGUACCAAUGUACUUCUCAGUCUUGAUGAUCAGAGAAAGCAAGAUAUUCUUUGUGAUGUUACUAUUUUAGUGGAAGAUCAGCGAUUUCGAGCUCACAAAGCUGUGCUUGCAGCUUGCAGCAGCUACUUCCUUUCAAGAGUUGUGGGCCAGGUGGAUGCUGAUCUUAUCAUCACUUUACCGGAAGAGGUAACACUUAAAGGAUUUAGUCCUUUGCUUCAGUUUGCAUACACAGCUAAACUUAUUUUAAAUAAAGACAAUGUGUCUGAAGUUUGCAAGUGUGCAGAGUUUUUGGGUGUACACAACAUUGAAGAGUCUUGCUUUCAGUUUCUCAAAUUUAAAUUUUUGGACUUUAAAUCGGAUCAGCAGGAAUGUUCUAGGAAGAAGUGUUGUACACAGCAUUGUCGGAAAACAAACCCUCAAAUUGGCAAUGUGGAUGAUGGAGACGUAGAACUAGAUGAUGAAGCAGAAGAACUUUUAGAAAAGGAGUAUAUUCAGACUCCUGACACAAAGCUGUGUAAAGGUGAAGAAAAUGCUAAAUUGUCACCUGCUCUCCAAGAUAAUGCCAAUCAAACUUGUGAUCCUGCACAUUUAGAGAGGGGUAGUAUUUCUGGCUUAUCUUCCCAAUGCCCAAAGUAUAGGAAAUUCCAGAAAGCUUUUGGAAAUGACAAAGUUCAUACUGCAGAGUCCAAUUCCAGUAUUAAAGACAUUCAAGUGCCACCAAUUGCAGUUUUUCUUGAGAAGGAAAUACCUGAUAAUGAUGGUGUACAAAAAGCUCAGGAAUGUGUACCUAUGCAGCUGGUCUCAAAAUGUGAAGAGACUCUGGUGAAAAUGGAAGAAGUGGAGGAAGGCAUUGAGAAAAAAGAAGAGCCAAAGAGAGAUUCUGCAACUCGGAAUGUGUCUUGUCCUGUGGAGAAAAUGGAUCUUGCUCCUUUCCCACAAAACUCUGCUGUACCUCAUGGACUCAAUUCUGUCUCUUUUUUAAAUACUUGUGAGCAAUAUGGUAACUUAAAUUUCAGUAGUAUGCAAAGCACCACAGGCUUAGCUGAAAAAACUGUAUCGGGUACUGGAGUUGGGAAUGACAAAAUUGAAAGUCAAGAUAACACACCUUCAAAGGUUGAUUUGUGCACUAGGGAAGCCACUAGCAUUACAUCAGCUGGUGAUCGAAGCAGUGUGGAGAGAGAGGUAGCAGAACAUCUAGCACAAGGAUUCUGGAGUGAUAUUUACAGCACAGAAGCCUGUCAAAUACAUUUACCACCAGCGGUUUCAAAAGAGAGCAUGGAGCCGGUAUAUUCAGGGAAAAAAACAGAGUGUCCGUGGCUUGGUAUCAGGAUCAGUGAAAGCCCUGAUGAACCUUGUUCUCAACGAACUUUCACAACGUUAAAUUCUGUCAAUUGCCCCUUUAUAAGCAACCUUAGUACUGAAGGAUGCUCCAACAGCUCUGAAAUAAGCAGUGGAGAUUAUGUUCAGGGACAGCAACAAGAACAGUGUCCCUAUAAUUAUGUGAUAAGUUUGGGAGAGGAGUCGGAAACUGACACUGAGGGAGACAGUGAAUCCUGUUCAGCAAGAGAACAAGAAUGUGAGGUAAAACUCCCAUUUAAUGCACAAAGGAUUAUCUCUCUCUCCAGGAAUGACUUCCAGUCAUUUCUGAAAAUGCACAAAUUGACUCCUGAACAAUUGGACUGUAUUCAUGAUAUCCGAAGACGAAGUAAAAAUAGAAUUGCGGCACAGCGAUGUCGUAAGAGAAAACUUGACUGCAUACAAAACCUUGAAUCUGAAAUUGAAAAACUGCAAAAUGAGAAGGAGAACUUGCUGAAGGAAAGAAAUCACAUUUUGUCAACUCUGGGUGAGACAAAGCAGAAUCUAACCGGACUUUGCCAGCAGGUGUGUAAGGAAGCAGCCUUGAGUCACGAGCAAAUACAGAUACUUGCAAAAUAUUCUUCCUCAGAUUGUCCACUUGCAUUUUUAUUUCUGGAGAGAGAACGAACAGCUCCAUCUGAUAGUGAACUCGUGACACCAGCAAGUGUAGAAUUAGCAGAUGGUCUUUCAGGUGUUACACCCACAAAUGAGCAGAGUGCUUGUUAUCAGCGUGUGAAGAGUGUGUGCGAUGCAACGUACAAUCAAGUACAAGAACUGCAUCCAGUUUCUGUGAGAACAUUAGAGAAGACUUCGCAUGUGGAACAGUGUGGACAAACCAGUGGUAUCACAGACUUCUGUCAGCAAAUGACUGACAAAUGCACUACAGAUGAGUGAAUCUAUUCUGUUCCUCUUGCCAGCCUCAACAUUGCAACUAAAAGUGAGAUUGAGCAUUAUUUUAAAGUAACUUACUAAGUGAAAGAAAAGAUGAAACUUUAUCUUUUGAAACUACAUUAUUGAUUACAUGGUCAUUAAAUUACUUAGCAAGCUUUGGGCUUGCUCUGUCUAGAUCUAGAGUGUAAUUGGUAUGUGUCAGCCUUGGAGCUGUUUCUGUGUGGUGAUGCCAAAGAGUUCAGUAAAGUUAUUGGAAAGUAUAAGCUCUGUGCGCAGAUGUUUAUUUGCGAGGAAGCUUUCAUUCAGGUAUAGAGCAGCCUUCACUCUGAUUUAUGCCACAGUACCUAAUGCCACUCUGCAUCUCAAAAAAGCCUCCCAGCGGGUGUUUAUGCACACUGAUUACUAUACCUGGAAUUCUUAUCUCUUUAAGAUUUGUCCUGGUAGACAACCUUAAGAAGCAUAUAUAGCUCUGUAAAUAUUUGUUUUGUAGAUGGAUUUGGAUAGCAUGACAGUAUGAGGAGUUUCUGGCAAGUGUGCUCUGGAACAGCUCAUUGCUUCCUGCUGUUCCCAUCCCUGUACCAGAGUCAGCUUUUACUGAAUAUAUGCCUUUGUCUUAGCUGUUCAGUACGUAGUUAAGACAACUGGAACAGCGGAGGUGCUGCAGCCUACUGCUCUCCUCUCUAAUUUUUUGGGGAGGAAUAUUGAUGUACUGGGAAAGGCAGAAGUUUGAAAUUGAUGUAAUUCUUUGAUUAGUGUGCAUUGGAUCCUCUGGCAUCUGAGUCCUAUGUGCUUGUUAAAAUUCAUUGUUGUCUUGUGACUUGCUGUCCUAGCACCUUCGAGCUUGCUGCCGUUUGUGAUAAGUUGGAAUUAAAGUAUUGAGCAAGUAAGGUAUUCAGGCACCAAAUUCUUUGACUUCAGUGUCUAAUUGCCUAACAUAAUCUAGAAAUGUGUUUGUUCUCUGAUCACUGGGACCAGGAAAGAGCUAUUUCAGAAUUUUACUCUUCAGGUUACUUUUAUGGCUAAACCUGUAGUACUUUUUGAAUGGCUUGUGCUAUAAGUAUAAACAUACGGGAAGUAUAAUAAGGAAAUGAGCUGGAGGGAUUUUAUUUACUUUGUGAAGGAAUAAUUCAGCCAUAAAUUAUUUAGGUUUUACCUGGCAGUAGAUUCAUAUUGUAUACUAAUGAUGCUUUGUUAUAUUGUUCUUAUUCUCGCACCAAGAACUAAAUAUUGAACCUCACCACAGAAAACUUUGGGUUUGCUGGUUUACAAAAUAUGAAGAAUCUUGUACAAGUCAGUGGAAUUCUUUGUUUCCUACCUCAGAAUGUAUAUUAGCUUUUUGUCUUUUGCGUGCAUGUACAGUAGGCAGCAAUUAAGCAAGGGACUGUUGUAAAUACUACUUUGCAGUUUUAUCUUGCAGUGAGACAAACCUGUUCUUGACAAGGCUCCCCCUUCCCAAUAACAUAGCAUUAAUAAAUAUAUUAAAACUAUUAAGCCACUUAUUUAAAACAAAAAAGAAAAAUUUGACAGAGUUCAACAGUACUUCUCAUAACCAGCAUGUAAUACAAGUGACUACACUACCUCACCUGUGGGUUUGAAAGUUGAUUCAAAUCUCUAGUGAUAUCCUUGGAUUUUCGUCAUAUGUCAUUACUUUUUUAAGGGGAAAACUUAUGUUAAUGGAGCAUAGAUUUUUAUAAAUCACAGUGCUUGCAGUAAUUAAAAUUCAGAAAUACCUACUAUAUGGCAGACAUGUGAGUUCUCUUGCUUUGGAAAUAUUUUCAGAAAAUUGAAUUGAAAUUCUUUUAAAUGAUUAUCACUUAUAUAUAUUGAUCCUGUAUAUGUAUUACUCAUGGAGCUCUCUGGGUUUUCUCCUCCAGCAUCUGUAUAUGCCUGGUGAAUUUAAUCUUGCCUUCUUCCUGUGCUGCCACCCUGAGCGGUGUUUUGCUCUAAAGUCUCCAUUUUAUUUAAAAAAGCAAACCAACAAAUAUUAAAAACAAAGCAGAAAACCCCAGACCUCUCUGCUGUGCAUACAUAAUGCCACUUUUAAAGCUGGUGAUAUUCUGAAAUGACGUGGAUAAUGGCAUUAAAGCAUUGUCCUAACAGUACACAUAUUCUGGAAUGGAAUUCCUUGGGUUAAAUGUUUUGUUAUAAAGGGGUAGAACAUAUAUGUAGAGAAUGACUGUCUGAGAGCUUAAACAUACUUGGCUAUGGACAUUGAAAAACAAGGUCAGUGAUAAGAGUUCAGAGGCUGGAAUAUCCACCAAAGAGUUGUGCUCCACUGCUGUAGUCGGGUGUUCAGCCAGGGUGUGAGUUCCAUCCAGGAAACAGUGUGGGGCUUCCAGUACAGAAAUCAUGGAUGUCAUGGAUAUAUGAUAAAACUGAUGUCAUAUUUUUAAACCUGUGAUGAACCUAAUGAAGUUUGAGGGUAGGAUUUUGCCUAACCAGCUCUGUCUAAAUAUUUUUUAAAAUAUUUAUUUAAUACAGUAGACCUACAAGUUGCAUGUUGACUUCUAUAGCCUAUAUCGUCAACUUGGAAAAGUUAAGAAUGAAUGACAAUUUUAUGAUACAGAAUUCUCAGGUAAAUCUUUUGGAGUUUGCUUUGGUUUUGGUUGGUUUUUUUUUAGUAAAGAAAUAAUCAAUUUUGAAAUUGUAAAAUACUUUGUUAAAGCAUGUUUUAAAAUACUUUGGACAGACUAUCUUAAAGCCAUAAGAGUAGGAUGGCAUACAGAUUGUAAAAUAAACAGAUAAUUACAACAGUUGAUUUUGUAUCUUUCAUAAUUCAGUAUUUUCUAAGACUACAAUAAAAAACACUGUCCUUUCUACAAAGGCUUUUCCUUUUUUUUUUUUUUUUGUACAAAUCUUUUGCUGUGCAAUUCUUUACUGGUACAUUAUUUGCUUACAAAGUACUACUAAAACAUUUCUGAAAACAGUAGCAUAGUAGUGUAUUCAUGAACUUCUAAACUAUAUAAUACAGUAGCAAAUAUUUCUGAGUUGGAAUAA